AUGGCCUGUGUAUGCUUGUGGGCUCCCGCGUUUGUUUGGCCAGGGCAGCUGCCGUCUACAUCUUUCCUUCCAGCGGCUUGAUUGUCUUAUUUAUUGGUGGCUGGCACCAAAGAAAAGACUCCAGGCACGUCCUUUUCUAAUCAGACACGCCCCUUUCCAACGAAUCUCUUUGUUUUACGAAUUCACGAAUUGUCAUCUUGCACUUUCAGCCACCAUCUAUAAGCUGUACCUUUUUGAUAAGGUUAUAUGCCUGCUGGACUCUUUAGUCGCUGCAUUCGAUCCUCACCAACCUUCUCCCGCUGCUCCAACACCUCUGGCCUGACGAUACGACAUCAUUCACGCUCCUCAAGUUCCCGCCUUGCCCCUCUUGACAUCAUGCUCGGCAAGGCAAACCGCGAGUACGAGGCGAACCGGCCGCCGCCCCAGGUACACCUCUCGAAGCAACUGUUUCCUUCGAGUAGUCCUACGCCGGCUAAUGGGGACAUUCGCUCGAUGAACCAAGCCAAGAGGCGAACUGGCCCGCCGGCCUUCCUGCCAUCGUCGUCUCCCAUGAGCGUAUCACGACCACAAUUCAAGCAGAGCACACCGAGCAAAGGGAGCAGCGCGCGUGGUGUAGGAUCGGCAUUCAUGCAGUUAUAUAAGAAUCAACAGGACCAGUUCAAGUCGCCCAAGGCAUUAGGCUUUGUAGACCUGACUGGGGCCGACUCGAAUACCAAGGAUCAGUUCAAGAAGGAAUUCGAUUUCGCAUUUGACGAAUUUAGCGACGAUGAUAACCUUGAUUUGGACUAUGAACUUCCCAAGGCAUUGCCAGCACUCCCAGCGAAGAAGCUAUCGGACAAGGAGAAUAUGCCACCCCCAAUGUCGACACCUAUUUCGAAAUCAAUGGAUUGGUCUUCAUCGCCGGCCACCCAUUUCCUCCCUCCAAAAGAAUAUCAAGCCAUGUCCACCACUACAAAUACCCAGCACGAGCGCUUAGAUUUGAAGCGAGAAUCGUCGGGCGAGUCUGUGAAUGACGCUGGCCCUGUGCAAGUAAAGGCCAAACGACGCAAGUUGCCGGCUAGCUUCAACUCCUCAAAAGAAUCUGAACCAGAAGUGGAAAUUAUUAGCGAACGACCCGUUCAUGCUGCAAAAGCACAGCAGACACCAAGCUCAAAAACGCGAGGCUACUUGGAUCCCACGGCCAGCGCGAUCAAGGAACAGAAGAAGCAGCUGAAGAAAGAGAGAAGUGCAGUAACCAAGCCCGAGGGCGAGCCUAUGGUUUCCAAGCCCAAGGUCUUUGAUGAAGAAGAGCUCCCAAACUUGAAGCAAGCACAGAAUGAAACUCUCACACUAAGCGCGGAACAGCGUCAUGUUCUCGAUAUGGUCGUUGAGCAGGGCAAGAGUGUCUUCUUCACGGGACCCGCCGGAACUGGUAAAUCAGUUCUUAUGAGAGCUAUUAUUGCCGAACUAAAAAGGAAAUAUGCUCGUGACUCAGACCGCGUUGCUGUUACCGCCUCGACUGGUCUCGCUGCGUGUAACAUUGGUGGCAUCACACUGCACAGUUUCUCUGGUAUUGGACUCGGCAAAGAACCAGCUAAUCAGCUAGUCAAGAAGAUUCGGCGUAACCCCAAGGCGAAGCAGCGAUGGAUGCGCACCAAGUGUCUGGUUAUCGAUGAAAUUUCUAUGGUGGAUGGCCAACUCUUUGACAAACUGUCUCAGAUUGGGCGUACUAUUCGCAACAAUGGACGGCCGUGGGGUGGGAUCCAACUGAUCAUUACGGGUGAUUUCCUUCAGCUGCCACCGGUGCCUGACGGUGAGCAAAGAGAAUCUGUCUUUGCGUUUGAUGCAAGCACGUGGGAAACAUCUAUUGAUCAUACUAUUGGUCUAACCCAGGUCUUCCGUCAAAAGGAUCCCGAGUUUGCCAACAUGUUGAACGAGAUGCGCAUCGGCACUAUUACCGACAAGACCGUCAAUGCCUUCAAGGCUCUGUCACGCCCUCUUUCAUUUAACGACGGCAUCGAAGGCGCUCAGCUAUAUCCCACACGCAUGCAAGUUGAGGCAUCCAAUGAGAGACGACUGCGUGAGCUCCCUGGCGAACCACGGCGUUUUGACUCCGUCGACACGGGUGACCCAAUGGUGCGCGACAAGUUGCUAGUGAACAUGAUGGCACCAAAGGGCAUUGUUCUCAAAGUUGGUGCGCAGGUUAUGCUUAUCAAGAACCUUGAUGAAACGCUUGUGAACGGAUCACUGGGCACAGUUGUGGACUUUAGUGAUCAGAAAACCAUGGAGGCCCGGUAUGGCAUGGAUGAGGAUGUCAGCGGCAAUGUUGCCAAGGCACAAAAGAAGCUUAACCAGUUUAUGAAUGAGGCAAACGGUGCCAAAGCUCCUCAAUAUCCAGUGGUUCGUUUCAUGGCUGCGAAUGGCACAACGCGCACCAUUAUCUGUAUUCCAGAAGAGUGGAAGGUUGAGCUGCCUAAUGGAGAGGUUCAGGCCAAGAGACAGCAGGUACCGCUCAUUCUGGCGUGGGCACUAUCCAUUCACAAGGCUCAAGGUCAAACCCUGGAUCGCGUCACAGUAGACUUGGGACGUGUGUUUGAAAAGGGACAAGCUUACGUAGCCUUGUCUCGAGCCACGACGCAACAGGGCCUGCGCGUACUCAAUUUUGAAAAGUCCAAAGUCAUGGCACACCCCAAGGUCGUCGACUUUUACAAGAAGCUAUAUAGUGCAGCCGAUGCAUCCAAGAUUCGUCCAUCGAGCAUUGCCGACUUCAUUGCCGCUAGGAAAGGCGUCAAGAGCACAUAGGGAUGAAAGUUCUACAGGGAUGGAGUUUUAGGGCGAUAUGGGCAUACAAAGGCGUCUUGUGUUUUUUUUAUCUUUACAGAAUCAUUGCCACUUGAUACAGACAGAAGCAUUUUCCUCUCUUGUUACCAGAAAACAUAAUGAACAUAUACACAACAUUUUCUUUGGCUGAUGCUGUUUGUUGAUCUUGUUCCCAUUGAGAGUUUGUUUGCGACUACACUUGGAUGACUUCCCACGUGUGAAAAAGUUUUUUUUUUUUUAAAAAAAAAAGGAAACUCUCUGUUGCUGAAACUAUAUUCUUCAAUUUACUUUUUCCCCAA